UUAAAGGAAGAUUAACGGUGAAGAAUAUUUCAGCCUCGUUGUAUCUUUAACCUAAUUGAUGGUGAUGUAGUCGAGCCUUAAGUUGUUCCAGCCAUAACUGAACUAAGCCUUGUUGGUUGAACAUAAUCAAACGUGUUGUUAAAAAAAAUAUUAAGUUAGUAAUAAUUAUAAAUUAUGGCAACACAAAAUGAUAUCGAUGAUUUAUUUUCUGUCUUCGACGAAGAGGGUGACGAGGUGGAAAUAAUUCCGUUGCCCACAAAAUCAGACAUUCUGUUAAAAAAAAACGAGUCAGCUGUAGGUGCAAAACGUCAACAUGACGAAGAUGAUGAUAAAAUAUUUGUUAAGAAAAUACGACACGAUCCUGUCGUGGAUGAUAUCAAUUUAGAAGAAAUAGCAUGUCGUAUAAAAAUACAUACUAUAGAAUCUAUAGAAGCUUGUACACACGAGGUUGCUGUUCCUCCUGAGCAAGAAUAUGUGUCUCUGGAGCGCAAGGAGGGCAAGCCAGCGAAGGAAUAUAAAUUUAUACUCGAUCCAUUCCAAAAGGAAGCGAUUUUAUGUAUUGAGAACAAUCAAUCGGUUCUGGUUUCCGCGCAUACAUCAGCUGGUAAAACUGUCGUGGCCGAAUAUGCAAUAGCAUGUUCACUUCGAGACAAACAGAGAGUAAUAUAUACCACUCCAAUCAAGGCAUUGAGUAACCAAAAGUACAGAGAAUUUUAUGAGGAAUUCAAGGAUGUCGGACUAGUAACAGGCGAUGUUACUAUAAAUCCUACAGCUAGCGUGCUGAUUAUGACUACCGAAAUCCUGCGUAAUAUGCUGUAUAGAGGUUCAGAGGUAAUGCGCGAGGUCGGUUGGGUAAUCUUCGAUGAAAUUCAUUACAUGCGUGACAAAGAAAGAGGCGUGGUUUGGGAAGAAACGCUCAUACUAUUACCAGACAAUGUGCAUUAUGUAUUUCUUUCCGCUACCAUACCUAAUGCACGACAAUUCGUAGAGUGGGUAGCGCACUUGCACAAACAACCCUGCCACGUGGUAUACACGGACUACAGGCCUACACCGUUACAGCAUUAUAUAUUUCCAGUGGGCGGCGACGGUAUUCAUCUGGUCGUGGACGAGAUGGGUCAGUUCAAGGAAGAGAAUUUUAACAGGGCUAUGGCGUGCUUGCAAAAUAUGGGCGACGCGGCUAAAGGCGACACAAAGGGACGUAAAGGUGGUUUCCGUCCGUCGAACAGCGGCCAGACGAACAUCUUCAAGAUGGUGAAGAUGAUCAUGGAAAGGAACUUCGCGCCCGUGAUAAUCUUCAGCUUCUCGAAGAAGGACUGCGAGAUUUACGCUAUGCAAAUGUCCAAAUUGGAUUUCAAUACGAUGGAGGAGAAGAAGUUGGUCGACGAAGUCUUCAAUAACGCCAUAGACGUCCUUAACGACGAGGAUAAGAAGUUACCGCAGGUGGAAAACGUGCUACCGCUCUUGCGACGCGGAAUAGGCAUCCAUCAUGGCGGCCUUUUGCCGAUCUUGAAGGAAACGGUCGAGAUACUGUUCGGCGAAGGCCUGAUCAAAGCCCUCUUCGCCACCGAAACGUUCGCCAUGGGUUUGAACAUGCCGGCGCGAACGGUCCUGUUCACCGCGCCCCGCAAAUACGACGGCAAAGACUUCCGUUGGAUCACGUCAGGGGAAUACAUACAAAUGGCUGGCCGUGCCGGCAGAAGAGGUCUGGACGAGAAGGGGAUCGUUAUAUUGAUGAUAGACGAGCAAGUCAGCCCGGUCGUUGGAAAAGCUAUCGUCAAAGGGAAGCCCGAUCCAAUUAACUCCGCGUUCCACUUGACAUAUAACAUGGUUCUCAAUCUUUUACGGGUCGAAGAAAUCAAUCCGGAGUACAUGUUAGAGCGGAGCUUCUUCCAAUUUCAGAACCAAUCUUCUAUUCCGACUUUGUAUAACAGAGUGAAAGAACUGUACGCUACCUACAAUACGGUGAAUGUUGAGAAAUACGACGAAAUAUCUUCGUAUCAUGAUAUACGGGAACGACUGAACCGACUGAGCGGCGAGUUCCGAUCGUUCCUAACGCAACCGGAAUAUUUGCUGCCAUUCUUACAACCUGGAAGAUUGAUACAGGUGAAGAACAAUGUUGGAACAUUCGAUUGGGGCAGCAUAGUGAACUUCAAGAAAAGAAAUCCGAAAAAUCCGGUAAAGGACAAGGCCGUCAUCGUCAUCGAUGUCUUACUUCGUAUAUCGAAAGAAUCAAAAGAGGACAAUCCGAUCCCGUGUCGCGACAAUGAAGAAGGUGACGUGGAAGUAGUUCCGAUUGUGCAUAAUUUGAUUUCCCAAAUAAGCUCACUCAGGGUGCAUUAUCCGAAAGACCUUAGGCCGCUUGACAACCGGAAAAGCGUGCUGAAAUCGAUACAAGAGACGAAGAAGAGAUUCCCGGAAGGGCUACCGUUGCUUAAUCCCAUUGAGGAUAUGAAAAUACAAGAUGAGGCUUUCAAAGAUAUCGUGAAAAAAAUCGAAUUGCUAGAAGAGAAACUUUACGCUCAUCCUUUGCACAAGGACCCCAACGUGAACGCAAUAUACGAGCAGUUCUUGCACAAGGAGGAACUAGCCGCGAAUCUCAAGCAAGCCAAACAGGAACUGAAAGAAGCCAUGUCGAUACUGCAGAUGGACGAGCUCAAGUGUAGAAAGCGAGUUUUAAAAAGGAUGGCAUAUUGCACGGCGACGGACGUUAUAGAAUUGAAAGGACGCGUAGCCUGCGAGCUAAAUGGUGCCGACGAAUUGUUAUUGACAGAGAUGCUCUUCAACGGUCUCUUUAACGUUUUGAACGUACCACAGAUGGUGGCGUUGAUUAGUUGUUUCGUAUGCGACGAAAAGUCGACCGAGAUGCCCAAGAGCACGGAGGAGCUGAGCGGACCGCUCAGGCAAAUGCAAGAUUUGGCUCGAAGAAUAGCGAAGGUCUCGACGGAGGUCAAUUUAGAGCUGGACGAGGAAGCGUAUGUCGACAGAUUCAAGCCGUAUUUAAUGGACGUUAUGUACGCUUGGUGCAAGGGCGCGUCGUUCCUACAAAUCUGCAAGAUGACCGAUAUAUUUGAAGGAUCCAUUAUCAGGUGUAUGCGUCGCCUAGAGGAGGUGCUUCGGCAGCUGUGCCAAGCGGCGAAAAGUAUCGGAAACAUCGAGCUAGAGAACAAAUUCAGCGAGGCGAUCAAACUUAUAAAGCGAGACAUUGUAUUUGCUGCUUCUUUGUAUUUAUGAUGAGUGUAAGAAUGAAUUACUAGUGUCGCCAAGUGUCUGUUCGUCUUCAUUCUAUGCAUUUUUUAAAAUUGCAUAACUUCCAUCGAUGUAUUGAUCGUGUUUUGAGCGGCGGUAUUCGCUCAAAUAUAUCCCCAUGACGUCGAGAAUUCAACUGUGAUCGAAUAAGACGGUCAACGCUUCAGCCAAUGCUGAGGCUCCGGCUGUAGUUGAGCGCGGGUGCAUAUCCGUGGGCGAAAUCAAUUAUGAGAGAAAUAGGAGGGUCUCUCUGCAAUCUGGCAAUCCAUAAUCUUGCGCAGGCUAGCUGUCGCAAUAUUUUAAUAAGUUUUGUAUCGUAAUUUUUC